AUGCUCUGCCUACUGGUGCUUCUGGCUGGUACUUGUAGCCUUGCUACGAGUAGGACGUUAAAAUAUCGGGUGAAAGAAGAACAAGAAGCGGGCACCGUCAUCGGUUCCCUGAAGGACGAUGCCCGAGACGUUCUCGCCAACCUCCCGAGUUCGGUCCCGCUCCGUUUCCGGGCCGUACAGCGCGGCGGUGCGAGCGCCCUAGCCGUCCGCGAACACGACGGCCAGAUCAGCGUGCGAGGCCGACUCGACCGCGAGAAGCUCUGCGACCGGAACCCGAACUGUUCGGUCGAAUUCGACGUCCUUACCCUGCCGACUGAGCACCUCCAGCUGUUUCACGUUCAGGUCGAGAUCCUAGACGUGAACGACCACGCGCCACGCUUUCCACGACCCCUCGUGCCCCUCGAGAUCUCCGAAACGGCUACGGUCGGAACACGUGUUCCACUAGAUAGCGCUGCUGAUCCUGACGUCGGCGUGAAUGCUUUGAGCACCUACUCCCUCAGUGCGAGCGACACCUUCGGGAUAGACGUCCUCACUGGGACCAACGGCGCCAAGUACGCCGAGCUAGUGGUGCUCAAGGAGCUUGACCGGGAGAUGCGCUCCGGCUACGACCUGCUUCUGACCGCUCUGGACAACGGAACUCCACAGAAAACAGGAACCACGCUGUUAAAGAUCACAAUCGCGGACUCAAACGAUAACAAUCCUGUUUUCACCGAGUCUUCGUAUACAAUCGAAGUUCCUGAGGACUCAGCGCCAGGGGUCUUGCUAAUAGAUCUUAAUGCCACCGAUGCCGACGAGGGCACCAACGCAAAAAUCGUCUACUCGUUCAGCAGCCACGUCUCUCCUAAAGUCAAAGAGACCUUCCGGAUCGAUCCAGAAACGGGUCACUUAACGCUCCUGAAGAAGUUGGACUUCGAGACCGACGAUUCGUUCGACGUGGACGUCCAGGCGCAGGACUCCGGGCCGAACUCGAUGCCGGCGCACUGCAAGAUCACCGUCAAAGUCAAGGACGUCAACGACAACAAACCCGACGUCAGCGUCAGCCUAAUGUCCGACGGGAACGACGAAGACGCCGCGUCCGUCUCGGAAUCGGCCCCUUUGGACACUUUCGUAGCCCUGGUCCGCGUAGACGAUGCGGAUUCGGGGCUGAACGGCGAGGUCGUGUGCCACCUACGAGGACAAGGCCACUUCAAAUUGCAAAAGACGAACGAAAGGAACUACAUGAUCCUGACGAACGCCACGCUAGAUCACGAAACGCAUUCCGAAUACGUGCUCACGCUAAUCGCCGAGGACCGCGGGACGCCGAGUUUGUCCACGAUGAGACACUUUACGGUCCGAGUGCAAGACGAGAACGACAACGCGCCGUAUUUCGACAAGGCCCGUUACGACAUCUUCAAAGAGGAGAACAACUCACCCGGGGCGUAUCUUGCCGCGGUGCACGCCACAGAUCCAGACUUAGGUGAUAACGGUCAUGUUAGCUACUCCAUCUUGGACAGCAUCGUGCACGGAAGCAAUAUCAACACCUACGUCACUGUGGAUCCGUCAAGUGGCACGAUUUACGCCCUGCGCACCUUCGAUCACGAGGAAAUAAGCCAUAUUAGCUUUGAAGUACAGGCCCGUGACUAUGGCAACCCUUCGCUUAGCAGCAACGUCACUGUAGUUCUGAACAUCCUAGAUGUUAACGACAACCGGCCUGUCAUAGUCGCGCCACCUUUACGAAAUCACAGCACUGAAAUACCCGUUUCCAAAAAUUCCGAUUACGGAGAUUUAAUCACGACGGUUUCAGCCACAGACCGCGACUCCGGGGCCAACGGGGAUCUCGUGUGCACCAUCGUCUCCGGAAACGACUUGGGCUACUUCUACAUGGACACGCGCACUUGCGAAAUCCGCACAAACGUGAGCCUACGCGACUUCGCCGGAGAUCACGCCGACCUGACGAUCCUCGUCCAGGAUCAGGGCAGCAAACCCCUCGGGACGAAAGCCGUCCUCCGCCUGGUGCUGGUGGAAAACCCGGAGAACCUGGCCGACCCUCAGGCGGCAGGUGGCGCCAGAGGGAACGUCCUCGACCCUUCGACGAUCAUCAUCAUUUCGUUAGGCGCGGUAUGCGGACUGUUGAUCGUGAUCAUGGCCGCCCUGGCGCUACGCUGCAGCCGGGACAAGAACGACACGCGCUCGUACAACUGCCGCGUCGCCGAGUCGAACUAUCAGCACCGCCCCAGGAAACCGUCCCGCCAGGUCCAUAAAGCCGACAUCACCCUGGUGCCGACGGUCAACGGCGCUCUCCCGGUGCAUCAUCACCACGAGGAGCACAUGGUGCCCAUACAGUCGCUGAACAGUCUCAUCACGGUGUCGGCCAAUCAGAUUCCGGAGAGCUUUGUGCUAGAGCUAACGCACACCACGCCAACCGUGGAGCAAGUUUCACAGCUGCUCUCCCUACUCCAUCAGGGUCAGUAUCAGCCCCGGCCCAGCUUCAGAGGAAACAAACACUCUCGCGGCUACAGAUACACACUACCAGACUUGGAUAAGUUCAGCCUGAAGGACAGUGGGCGGGGCGACAGUGACAGCGACGGCGAGCUCGGCCGUGAUUCGCCCAUCGACCGGUUGCUUGGCGACGGAUUCAGCGAGCUCUUCCACGUUGACACACACAGCCGAGUCCACUCAGCUACAAAGCUGUGUACGGAGGAGUGUCGUGUCCUCGGCCACUCGGAUCAGUGCUGGAUGCCGUCGUUCUCCGUCGAUGAUGAGCGCCGCAGUUUCUCCACCUUCGGUAAAGACGUGGAGGACGAAGAGGAGGACGUGGACGCCGGAGGAGACAAAUCUCUCCUCUCCGACAUCAACUCUGUCUUCCACCGCCUGGUCCCCUCGUCCUACCCCGAGUCCGCCGACGUCACCGAAGGUUCCACCUCCGUCGAAAACAAGAAGUGCCUUCUGCCGGGAAACUUUCAGAACUCUAACAGUCACGGCUCCAUGGCCAAGUGGCUGCCGCCGGUGGAAGAGAUUCCCGAGAACUACGAAGAGGAAGAGAUGGAGAGUGCAGCUGGUCAGUGCAACCACGGCCAAGAAAACGACGACGAGUUCUGUGCUGAAAUCAAUCAACUGCUGCUGGACGUUCGACUGAGCUAAAGUACCAUCGAACCAAACCGAAAAAAAUCACGAGACUGAAA